AUGGAAUUCUGGUGCGAACUAAAAACUGUAUAUCCAUUACUCAGUUUGAUAGCACUAGAGAAGUUAAUUCCAUUUCACACAACAUAUCUACGUGAAACGGCAAUGUCACAUCUUGCAUAUUUAAAGUUAAAGUAUCAAAAUCGUCUUAAAGUAGAAGAUAAUUUGCGUAUUGUCUUAUCUGAGACAAAGCCUAACAUUGAUAUUUUAAUCUCUAAAAUGCAAGAAAAAAAGUCCCAUCAGUAUAACUUUUUAUUAAUAAAAUUUGAUUUAAUUCUUGAUAAACCUAUUAAAUUCCGAACCUUAAAAGAAGAACUUCAAACUCUACAAGAACAGGGUUCAUAUGUCGGCGAAGUUGUGCGAGUUAUGGGCAAGGAUAAAGUCCUGGUCAAAGGAGUCCUUCUUUAUGGUCCGCCUGGCACUGGCAAGACAUUGUUGGCCAGAGCUGUGGCUCAUCACACUCAGUGUACAUUUAUCAGAGUCUCGGGCUCUGAAUUGGUUCAAAAGUUCAUCGGAGAAGGGUCCCGGAUGGUUCGGGAGUUGUUUGUGAUGGCCAGAGAACGUGCCCCUUCUAUUAUUUUUAUGGAUGAGAUUGAUUCGAUUGGAUCCACCAGAGUUCAGGGAUCUUCCGGGGGAGACAGUGAAGUGCAGAGAACAAUGUUGGAGAUACUUAACCAGCUUGAUGGAUUUGAGUCCAAACAGAACAUUAAAGUGCCUGUUUCUUCUAUUGGUGUCAUAAUGGCCACAAAUCGGAUUGAUAUGCUCGACCAGGCACUUCUCCGGACAGGCAGGAUUGACAAAAAGAUAAUGUUUCCAUGUCCAUCGGAAGAGGUGACUCAGUGGUUAUUCCAUAUUUUAUCCCGGGCUUCAAUUCUUAAAAUUCAUUCGAGGAAAAUGAAUUUAACUCGAGGGAUUGAUUUGGUUAAGAUUGCGAGUAUGAUGGGCGGGGCCAGUGGGGCAGAAAUGAAGGUGUGGUGUCUGGGAGUGUUUGUUGCUGUUUGUACUGAGGCGGGAAUGUUUGCUUUGCGAGAGAGUAGGGUUCAUGUUACACAAGAGGAUUUUGAAUUGGCUGUGGCCAAGGUUUAA